AGGCCCAUGGCAUGAAGGUCCCUCACACAUCGAGCUUGGGCCAAGGAACAAUCCGGAACAACUUCCACACCCAGACACCGAAGCAGCAUGGAGCUCAGAGUUUCCCUCUCCCUUCUUGUGCUGUUGCUGGGCCUGUGUGAGGCUAUGCCCUUCAUGAGUGGUGUUGACUAUGACAUUUUCACACACGAACCAGAGGAUACGGACUUAACAACCCAGAUUCUGACCGCUAACAAAGACUCUGAGGAGCUUCUGGUAGAAGGAGAUGUUGCUGUUCAGCUACAAAGAAAUGCAGUGUCCUGCUUCUUCUGCAAAUGGAAGAAAUCUGCCAACGGGCUUGUUGAAGUUCCUAUGACUAUAAGCCCUGAUUUCUCCUUCUAUGACAGGAUGAAAAUUGAAAAGGCCAUGCUGACCUUCCAUGAACAAACCUGCGUCCGCUUUGUUCCUCGCUCAACAGAGGUCGACUACCUCAGCCUAGAGAACGGACGCGGAUGCCACUCGUACAUCGGGAGAGCGGGAGGCAUGCAGGUGGUGUCCCUCAACAGGUACUACUGCGUUUACAACAGCAUCAUUCAGCACGAGCUCAACCAUGCACUGGGCUUCUACCACGAGCACACCAGGGCGGAUAGAGACCAGUAUGUGAAAAUCCACUGGGAAUACAUCGACCCAGAAAGUAAAUACAACUUUAACAAACAAUUUGGCAACACCCUGGGUACUCCCUAUGAAUACUCUUCUGUGAUGCAUUAUGGGAGAACUGCUUUCUCCAACCAGAAUGGAAAGUCAGCAAUCACUACCAUCCCCGACCCGACUGUCUCCAUUGGACAAGCACAGGGUCUCUCCACCACUGACAUCCUGAGGAUCAACAAACUGUAUGGAUGCUGUAAGUAUGCAUGUAUGAUGGAUGCUGAAGUAUGCAUGUAUGACGGAUGCUGA